AUGCCUUGGUUGCGUCGUAAUGCGUAUGACGAGGAUGGAAUAGUCUGGUACGAGGAGUGCAUCUCGGCCAGAUUCAUUCGGCCUAUUGAAGCGGCCGUGAGGGGGGCUCUGAAGAAUGCAGAUUGGGACCCCCUUAUCCCCAAGGCUGGUAAGGGGAAGAAGGCCUCGGCCGUGCUUCCUUGA